CUCGGCGGAGUCCGGAUGGAGGAUUCGGACUCCGCCGCCAAGCAGCUGGGCCUGGCCGAGGCAGCGGCGGUGGCGGCCGCGGCCGCUGUGGCGGCGGCGGCCGCUGCCGCGGCGGGGAAUGAGGCCGAGGAGCCCGUGCUCAGCAGGGACGAGGACUCGGAGGAAGACGGUGACUCGGAGGCGGAGCGCGAGACGCGGCGGGUGACGGCUGUGGCGGUGAUGGCCGCAGAGCCCAGGCACAUGGACAUGGGCACCGAGACUCUUCCCGGCCCCGACGAGGCUGCUGCGGCCGCCGCCUUUGCAGAGGUGACCACUGUGACGGUGGCCAACGUGGGUGCCUCGGCGGACAACGUCUUCACCACAUCGGUGGCCAACGCCGCCUCGCUGUCAGGACACGUUCUGUCCGGCAGGACCGCUCUGCAGAUCGGAGACGGCCUGAACACGGAGAAGGCCACGCUGAUCGUCGUGCACACCGACGGGAGCAUCGUGGAGACCGCGGGGCUGAAGGGGCCCGCCGCUCCGCUCACCCCAGGUCCCCAGUCCCCUCCAACACCCCUGGCUCCUGGCCAAGAGAAGGCGGGGAGCAGGUACAACUGGGACCCGUCGGCGUAUGACAGCGAGCUGCCCGUGCGCUGCCGGAACGUCAGCGGCACCUUGUACAAGAGCAGGCUGGGCUCAGGUGGCCGGGGCCGGUGCAUCAAGCAGGGGGAGAACUGGUACAGCCCCACGGAGUUCGAAGCCAUGGCCGGGAGAGCCAGCAGCAAGGACUGGAAGCGGAGCAUCCGCUACGCCGGCAGGCCGCUGCAGUGCCUCAUCCAGGACGGGAUCCUGAACCCUCACGCCGCCUCCUGCACCUGCGCCGCCUGCUGCGACGACAUGACCUUGAGUGGUCCUGUCCGGCUCUUUGUCCCCUACAAACGGCGCAAGAAGGAGAACGAGCUGCCUGCAGCCCCAGGGAAGAAGGAGGCCACCAAGAACAUCACGCUGCUCCCGGCCACCGCCGCCACCACCUUUACUGUGACCCCCUCAGGACAGAUCACUACCUCUGGCGCGCUGACCUUCGACCGGGCGUCCACUGUGGAAGCCACUGCGGUCAUCUCGGAGAGUCCAGCGCAGGGCGACGUCUUUGCGGGAGCCACAGUGCAAGAAGCAGGCGUGCAGCCCCCGUGCAGAGCCGGCCACGCGGAGCCCCACUACCCUGGGUUCCAGGACAGCUGUCAAGUCGCGCCCUUUCCGGAAGCUGCGCUGCCCACCGCUCAUCCCAAAAUAGUGCUGACCUCCCUGCCGGCCCUGGCGGUGCCGCCCUCCAACCCCACCAAGGCCGUCUCUCCCUCGGUGGUCAACGGCCUGGAGAUGUCGGAGCCGCGGAGCUGGCUGUACCUGGAAGAGAUGGUCAACUCCCUGCUCAGCACGGCCCAGCAGCUGAAGACGCUGUUUGAACAAGCCAAGCAGGCCAGCUCCUACCGAGAGGCCGCCGCGGCCCAGGCCCGGGUGCAGGCGGACACCGAACGGAAGGAGGCCAGGACUCAAUCCACUGAGCCAAGCCGGCCAGGGCUUUUGGCUGACUCUGGUGUGGCCCUGACGGGGAUGGAAACCACCACCUUGGUGUGUGAGGGCAGCGCUCAACCAACAGAGCUACCCAGCCAGGACUCAAAGUCUCUUCUGGCAAAUCUAUCUGACACACAGCAUGGCCUGAGUUUCAGGUGUGCGAUGGGGCGAUUGGACAUCCCUGCACCUUGUCAGGUGGCCCCCGAUAAGCUGCCACCCACCUGGCCGUAGCACUUCGUUAGCUUCCAAGGAAGAUAAAGGGUGCUUCCGUGUCUAAGGAGAUCACUUAAAAUACUUAAUAUAUUCCAGCCUGGCUGGUGUGGCUCAGCGGGUUGAGUGCUGGCCUUCGAACCAAAGGGUCGCAGGUUCGAUUCCCAGUCAGGGCACAGGCCUGGGUUGCAGGCCAGGCCCCCAGUGGGAGGUGAGUGAGAGGAUGUUUCUCUCCCUCCCUUCCCCUCUCUAAAAAUAAAUAAACAAACUCUUUAAAAUACACAUAUAUAUAAUUCCAAACUAAUACCUACUCGGUGCUGAAUUUUAUGGGAAAGAGAAAAAGCGAAAAGGACCACCGAGAGAGACCCCCGUUUAUUUGGACCGCGUGCACCCUGAGAGCAGGCCUCGCCCUCUGUGCUGCCUGGGUCUGGGUUUCCAAGCCAGGAGCCGAGUCUCCGGGCGAGUCCUCGGCCUUUGGGUGGACGCCCACCGCCGGCAGACCACCGCCAGCCUGUCCGCUGUUCAGGGCCAACCGCCGUGAAGCUAAGAUUUAGAAAUAACAGGAGGACGGGAGCAGCUGCCAGGGCUCUGCCGACGGAGAAAUGAAACCGAACCGACAGCGGCUUCAGCCCCUGGGGGCGGCCAGAGGCACCUGACUGGGCCGUGGAGAAGUGAAACCGCCGGCCACACACAGGCGGCCGCGGACCGGACGGGCUCUGCUGCUUUCCGCGGAACCGCCUCUUGGCCAGUUAGUUACAUGGGGACAUUCGGGGGCAAGGUGCUCGGAGGGAAAAUAGCAGCCACGGUCCCGACUCCUGCACCACGCCAGCCUGGUCCCCGGGACCCCAGGAGGCACCUCCCACCUGCCCCCACUCCGAGGAAGCCUGCCAGUCCCCGCGUUCAGGGAGAACCCCGUGCGGGCCUUUCCUAGGCCGGGCAGCAGGCCGAGUGUCCACACUGCUCUUCUGUGUGUGCCGUCUCUGCCGUGCCCCCAGCUGCCACCUGGGGGCCUCUCUUCCUUCAGUUCACGGGAUGUUUCCAUCACGUCCGCAGCGGACCAGGCCCUGUUUUCCUCUCUCCACCUGUCCAUCAUUCCCGGGGGUCAGACGUGGUGCUGUGUCGUGGGGGAGCCUGUUGGGCUCAGUGACCUCCCUCCCCCGAGAGGUCGGAUGGGUCCUGGAAAGCGGGUAGGUUCCUGGCUGGUGCCCUCCCCACCCCUUGGGGGCGGCCUGUGCCGGCCCCUCAGUCUGCCCCUCCGCCCAUGGCGUGUGGCCUUCCUAGGGUUCGGGGAGACCCUGGGACAGCAGCCCUCGCCCCCGACGUGCCGAGACUCCUCUCCGCCAGGCCGAGUCCCCUGCCGGCACUCCGUGGCUCCUGGCCUUCCGACAACUGAUUCUGUGUCCCCGAGUGGUCAUCUGGGCAGGCCCGCCUGGCGUGGGCGGCUCUAGCACGGCCGGGGCGGCGGCCCAAGCCCCCUCCCGUGUGAGCGUGGCCUUGCUGCUGCUCGUUUGCCAUUUGAUGGCUAAAUCCUGGACGCACCGAUUUUCUUCCAGAUGUUUCAUUUACUUCUAGAGAGCUGGGAGGGGAGGGGCGGAGCGUCCACCUGCGGGUGCCUCUCGCUGCCCCCCACCAGGCGCCUGGCCACAGCCCAGGCAGGAUCCCUGACUGGGAGCCCAGCCGGCGACCUCCUGCUCUGGGGGGCAGUGCUCCGCCCACUGAGCCUGGCGGGUCAGGGCUCUGAUCACACACUUCAGACACAUCCCUAACACGCCAGAUGAAAGCUCAUGGACAUGUUUUCUGGGUGGAAGUGUGAUCUACACCAUAAGAUUCAUCCUCUUAAAGUAUGGGGCCGCACCAUCACGUGGUCCACUCCCAGAACGUUCCAUCACCCCCAGCCACCCACAGACAGCGGGUCAAGCGGCUCUGCAGAUGCCGGUCGUGGCCUCUGCUGUGGCGUCUCUCACUCGGCACCACAAGACCCGGCUCCUCCGAGCGGCGGCCAGUGGCAGAGCCUCGAGCCUCCACGCAGCUGCGUGACGGCCCACUGUGUCGACCAUCCAGGUUUCUCGGGUGGUGCCGGCUUGUUCCUGCUCUGAAGACACUCACGUCUCGGGCGGGUUGGGGCCUGUGGGCCACGCGACGGCCAUACGUCUGCCUCCUUCUCAGGGUGCUGCCAGCCUGCUUUCCGUGUGGCUGUGCUGCGGGCGUCCCGGCGCCCCACCCCACCUGCCGCCCCCUGUGCUGUGGCUCCGCCGACCUGGGGGGCUGUGGGGGGCGUGUCUCGAGGUUUGACUUGAGUCUCCUCGAGGAGCACGACGCUGAGCGUCUCCUCCGGUGCCCGUGGCCAUGCGUGGGCCUUUGGGGCAGGGUCUCCCCAGAUCCUGUGUGCACUUGAAAUGGGGUAAAAGAGUCAGUGUGAUGUAGCAACUGAGGUUGUUCACUGCUUCCAUAGAUACCACUGCUCACCCGUUACAUGGCAGGGACUGUUCGGAUGAACACACCUUGGUGGCUUUUGUAAUUCCGCCAUGAGCCAGAGAUUUGGGGAUCACUUUAAAGGGUGGGGUGUAGAUCACACUUCCAACUGCUGCCAUUCUCACGGACAUGAGGUGUAGACCCCCUGUGGGCUGUUUCCCUCCUGCCCCUCAGCCCAGGUGUGCAGGGGACACUGGCCAGCUGCCCGGCUGUUCAUCUGUCUGUCUGUCCGCAGGCUCCUAAAGGUCAGGGAAACCGGCCUUCACACAGCUGCCCCGGGUGUUUGGGAAAGAAAAGGAAGGACUUUCUGGCGCGUCUUCUGACUCAGGUUGCAGGUGGAAGCAUGUUGGGAACAGGCCCUGGGUUCUUAUUAGAAUGACGCCUGAAUUGGGGGGGUGGAGCCGCAUUCCCCCCCCCCCCCGGGGUGGGGGGGACACGGGCCAGACAGACAGGGCCAGCUGCCCUGAAAUCUGAACUUCUCGCUGCUGAGGAAACGAAAGGGAAACGUUCCCCACUGUUAGUUCCGCAUUUCCCUGCACUGGCCCUUGACCUCUCUCUCUGCGAGGUUUACGGUUUAGGAGGCGGCCCCCCCAGCAGGCCUGGAGGGUGGAGGGUGGCUCAGGAAUGUGGGCCGGGCCCCAGGUGCGGGUGCAGCACUGCUGAGCCAGCCACCGUCAGCUGCUGUCAUUCUCACGGAACAGCCCCAGCGCAGCCACCUCCCUUCUCAGAGGGUUCAGAGCUGAUUCCUGUGACAGUGGCAGGUGGCAGGCCACCAUGGCAGGGUGCUAGUCAGCCAGGGAUGCGGAUGUGGCAGCGUUGGAGGUCCCCGAGCAGAAGGCCGGGCUUGGCAUUUCAUUUGUAAUUUGAUGCAUUUCUCAGAGAGAAACGUGGCAGGAAACCCCUUCUCCCUGAAACCCCCUGCGGGGGGCUGCCCUGCCCUGGCUGCAGCGCCCCAGCCUGUGGAGCGGCCUGGCCGCCUCCUCUCCCUUGCCGCCCCGGACGCACUGCGGCCUUCCUGCACUGUCUGCGGACGCAGACGAAGGCCACGGUGUGCUGGUGGCCAGCCCACAAGGGGGCGUGGCGGGGAUGCGGAUGGUGACCCGAGACUGGCCUGGGGGCGGCGCGCACACGGCACAGCGUGCAGAUGGUGUCUCAGAGCUGCGCCGCUGAAGCAUGCGUGUUUCCUUAACCAGUGUCACCCUAAUAAAUUCAGUAAAAAAGGAAAACAUAUAUGAAAAGCUGAGCGCGUCAGCCAGGGGAGGCCGGUGAGACGUGACCGUCCUCAUCCGCGUGAUGCUGCCUCGCACACAGGUGAGGACGCGUGGACUCGCCGUCCACUUGCUGUGGCGCGGGGCCCCUCGGGCGUCCCGGCAGACCGUGCGUGCAGGCGGGCACCUGCCACACUCAGCGCCGCAGGUCCUCUUCAGCUCCGGGGGCAGGUCUGGGCUCUGGCCGGGUGGGCCUCGGCACCUGGACGCUCCGUUCGUGUGGAGUGAGGGCUGUCGGGGUGACAGUGGACAACUCGGAGGCCCCCUCUCUCCAACCUGAGCUGUGUUCUAGGGGGGAGACUCCCGCCAUAUCCCACGACCAUGAGGGGAGCAGUGACCUGGGACGCAGGCGCAGCGCCGUGGAGAGGGUGCUUGAGGUCCCGGCGAUUCCCACGCGCGUGCGGAGGGGUUUCUGCCGCGCAACCAGGGCGUUGGCCCACAUGAGAGCAGCUUUCCGCACCCGCGCCCCCGGAGGACAAGAGGGUGCGUUUGAACUGUCUGUCUUCGGCGCCCUUUGCAAAGCUUUGGGGUUGCGGAGGCGAAGCUGACAGCCGAGGGCGAUGCUGCCCCGGGGCUCCUCCCACAGCAGCGGGGUCAACAGCCCCGUGACCUUGACCGGCUCCGGCGCAGACCACCCUCCUUCGGGCCGGAUCUUGUUUUCUCCUGGAGCGUCUUCUCGGAAGUGGGGCUCCUCGAGUUUCGUCCCGUUUUCUGCCCGGAGCGCGCACUGCGAGGUUUUCUGAGUGGGAAGUGUUACUCUGCUCGUGGUGAGGGCAGCGUCAUGCAGAGAAGGCAGCUGCGGUCGGAACAAAGCCCAGAGCUGCCGCCUGCGUGUGGGGCUCAGGUUCGGGGCAGGGGCGGCACGGCAGGGACGGGACAGGGGCCUCCCGAGCCCGGUGUGCUGUGCCCGCGCCCGUCCCCACC